GCUGCUGAUUGGCUGAGCACUACAUAAUCGUGCCGGGGCGGGACUAUGACGCAGCACUUUCUGCACCGCCGGUGAUUGGCUGAGAGGCCUGCCUGCCGCCGCCGUAUAUAACUUGUGACGCGCAGGCGUGAGUCGCGCGGCUGUAGCAGCUCAUGUGCGACAGGACGGAAGCGGACAGGCCCGCCGCCGCACCGUUCACACACCGAGGAGCCGCAUCUCAGAGAGAACGAGACGCCCGCACGCCUCUUCCGGAGGGACGCAGACCGAGCGCCGCCCUUCCACGCCAUGGACCUUCAGGACAAAGAGCUGCAGGCCGGGGAGACGGUGCCGGUGGUGAUCGUCGGUAACGGCCCGUCGGGGAUCUGCCUGUCGUACCUGCUGUCGGGCCACACCCCCUACCUGUCGGCGGACUCGUGGCAUCCCAACCCGCUGCUGCACAGCAAGCUGGGAGAGCAGCCUCACCUGUCGCUGCUGGAGCAGGACCUGGAGUACCUGUGCGAGGGGCUGGAGGGGCGGUCGUCCAACCCUGUGGCGGUGCUGUUCGAUUCCCUGCUGCUGCCCGACAGCGAUUUCGGUUUGGAGCACACGUCUCCGCUGGAAUGGCGGUACGAGCCGGAGCGCGCCGUUCCUCACCUGGUGCUGGGAAAGGGCCCACCGGGAGGGGCGUGGCAUGCGAUGGAGGGGUCCAUGCUCACGCUGAGCCUCGCCAACUGGAUGGAACUGCCUGGACUCAAACUCAAGGACUGGAUGAGUGACAAGCGCAGGAAUCUGAGGAAUGACCGAGCCACGCCCGCAGAGAUCGCCUCGUAUUACCAGCACUACGUGUCUCAGAUGUCCUUGGAGCAGAACUUUGCAUGUGGGACCACGGUUACCUCGGUAACCAGGCAGCCCGACAGCCUGGAUGGUGCGCCGCCCUGCUGGAGGGUGACAGGACUGCAGCGGCGGGAGGGCGAGGCACUGGGAGACGGGACGUCGGUUUCGGAGGAGGUGCCGUUCUCUCUGCUGGCCCACAACGUGGUUCUGGCGACGGGCACCCACGACAUCCCAGCCCGGCUCGGGGUGGAGGGGGAGUCGCUGCCUUUCGUCUGCCACUCCUUCUGGGAGCUGGAGGCGGCCAUCUGCCGCGGGGAGCUCGACCAAUCCUCGGACCCGGUGCUGAUUGUGGGGGCGGGGCUAACGGCUGCUGAUGCUGUGCUGGCCGCCCAUCAUCUCGGCACGCCAGUCUACCACGUGUUCAGGCGCUCGGUCACCGACCCCGGCCUCAUCUUCAACCAGCUGCCCAAACUGCUGUACCCCGAGUACCACAAGGUUCAUCAGAUGAUGACUCAGCAGCAGCACCGACCACCUCCUCCUCUGCACGAGCAUGCUCAGAACCCCCCCUCCAGCGUUCCCUCCCCCUCUCCGUCCUCCUCCACCACCUCCUUAUCCUCCUCUUAUUCCGGAUACCUCAGCUUCCCUCGCCACAGGGUGCUGCGCUUCCAACCCGACCACAAGUGCGUCCUGGAGUCGGACACGGGGGUGCGGUCCGUAGUUCAGGUGUCCAAGGUUCUGGUUCUGAUCGGCGCCCACCCCAACCUGUCCUUCCUGGACAACGGCGGACGCGCCUUGGGCAUCAACCCAGACGAGCCCGUCUCCUGCCGGCGAAACCCCAUUGACGUGGACCCCUUCACGAACAGGGUGGUCGCCGCAGGGGGGCCGGGCAUGUACGCCAUGGGCCCACUUGUGGGUGAGAACUUUGUCCGCUUCCUUAAGGGGGGGGCGCUUGCAAUUGCGAGCGACCUCGCCAAGAGGCAGAGUGAUGAGAGGAACGAAGGCGAGGCUGCGCUGUCGAGGAGGGAGUGGCUGCAAACGUCUGCGCUGGUCUGACCCCAACCAACCAUAGGGGAGGGGGUGGAGCAACAGUAAACCAGCCGCCUGACCUCAGAGGCUGGACCCGCCCCAGUUAGGCGAGCGGCGCUGGGGGUAGCAGUACAAGAGGCGUUUGCCAGGACGAGGAGGCGGAGCUUCAGGCUGGAACUGCCUGAUGCAGUUUCUAAUCAGAUUCUCAUUCUAUGUAUAGUCUUUGAAAUAAUCCCUUGAAAUGCCUUCUCAGCACCCCCUAGUGGUCAAAGGACAAACACCCACAGCGGAGCUGACGCCGGCACCAUUUAACCAAACGUGUUCAGUGAUUCUGUACGCUUGUCUUUGGAGAGGUCAAGUUUUUAUUUAUUCUGUCCGGCUACUGAUACCUGGAAAUGAGAGGCGGAUGUGGGCGGAGUCAAAGAAGCAAAUGAGGCCGGGAGCCGCGGCUCAGGUUUCGGAUUCAGUCACAACACUAACACCUGAUCCAAGUCUGCACGCGAUGUGGAAAAGCGGAUGUUUGUUUGUUUCUGAUGUGGUGUCAGUCAUCCUAACAAAGUGCAUUAUUCCACGUCAAACCUGUUUCACAGCAUGAAGCUGCUGCAAGCACUUACAGAUGAAAGAUGAUUGGCUUUUACAUCAGUUGUGCUGACAUUUUGAUUCUAUUUUUUUCUGUUUUAUGUUGAAUCUACUGGGCUUGCAUCUUUGUAUGUUUUGAUUGUUUACAGAUUUUAUACUUUACUAAAGAAAAACCUGAAAAAAGUUCCCACCA